AUGUCAGUCUCAGUUCUUAGCAAAAUCAAAUUCUACUUAAAGUCAAUCAUUUUUGGAUCUGUCAUUGCAGGAUGCGCCAUCUACGGAGUCAUUGCAUCCAUACUUUUACGUAUUGUCGGCAAGAUUGAAUAUGCCCAGUACACGGUUGCCAGAGUCUUUUACCAUACAUUCCGAACUCUUCUCGGUGUUAAAAUCACAAUCAAAAAUGAGCAUUACCUCAAGGACCUUCCUGCAAUUGUCAUCUCCAACCAUCAAUCAGCGUUGGAUAUCCUUAUCCUCGGUAAAGUUUUUCAACCUGGAUACACAGUUACAAGCAAGGCAUCAUUGAAAUACGUUCCGUUUUUAGGCUGGUUCAUGGCACUUAGUGGGACUUUCUUUUUGAACAGAAGCAAGUCUGCACAAGCUAAAAAAGUAUUGGAUGGCGCCUUGCAAAAUUUGAAACAACAAGAACGUGCAUUAUUCAUGUUUCCCGAGGGUACAAGAUCUGCUACAGAAGCAUUGGACAUGUUACCCUUUAAGAAAGGGGCUUUCCAUUUGGCCAAGCAAGCGAGAAUCCCUGUUAUACCUGUUGUCGUAUCAAAUACCUCAACAAUUUUUAAUGCCAAACGCAAAAUCUUCAAUACCGGUGAAAUAUUCAUCGAAGUGUUACCACCAGUGUCAACUGACGAUUUAGAGACUAACGAAGAUGUCACUAAUAUAUGUGCAGAGGUGAGAAAAUCCAUGAUUGAGAAAUUAAAGAGUAUCGGAUACUCAAAAGCACCCGGUGUUAAGCCAAGUGAAGACCAUUACCCUUCAGAGAACGAGAACCCAACUGACACGGAAACUGAAGUUAUUAGUGAGCAAACCCCAUUAGUCGCUGCUGAUUAA